GGCGGGAUGGCCAGGAUGAACGUGGCCCUGCAGGAGCUCGGACACGCCAUGCCUGACUACAAGCAUGCCACGCUGCAGGAGGACGAGGGGCCGGAGCCAGCGGGGGAUGGCAGCGCUUCCCCUGACAGCGUGGAGGUGGGGUUUCGGAAGGGGACGGGGCCGCUGCUGAGCCGCCUGGCCUCGCGCUCCCAGCUGGAGCUGGUGCUCUGCACCGUCGCCAUCACACUGGCCCUGCUGCUCGGCAUCACCAUCGUGGCUCUGGCUGUCCAGUACAGCAGAGAUCCCUCCCAUACCAUGUGCCUGACGGACGCCUGCGUCCGGGUGGCCAGCAAGAUCCUGGAGGCCCUGGACACGGACACCGACCCCUGCCAGGACUUCUACCAGUACUCAUGUGGGGGCUGGAUCAAGAGGAACCCACUGCCCAAUGGGCGCUCCAAGUGGAGCACCUUCAACAGCAUCUGGGACCAGAACCAGGCCAUCAUGAAACACCUCCUCGAGAACUCCAGCUUCAACUCCAGCAGUGAGGCAGAGAGGAAGACGCAGCGCUACUACCUGUCCUGCCUCAAGGAGCAGCGAAUUGAGGAACUGGGCUCCCAGCCCCUCAUGGAGCUCAUCGACAAGAUCGGCGGAUGGAAUGUCACCGGCUCCUGGAACCAGAGCAGCUUCAUGGAGGUGCUGAAGAUUGUGUCAGGCACCUACCGAGCAACCCCGUUCUUCACUGUCUAUGUGGGUGCAGACUCCAAGAGCUCCAACAGCAACGUCAUCCAGGUGGACCAGUCGGGGCUUUUCCUUCCAUCCCGGGAUUACUACCUGAACAAGACUGCCAAUGAGAAGGUCCUGACUGCAUACCUGGACUACAUGGUGGAGCUGGGCAUGCUGCUGGGGGGGUCCAAGGAGCCCACCCGCCUGCAGAUGCAGCAGGUACUGGACUUUGAGACGCUGCUGGCCAACAUCACCGUGCCACAGGCUGAGCGGCGGGAUGAUGAGAAGAUCUACCACAAGAUGAGCAUCGCGGAGCUGCAGGUCCUUGCUCCUGCCAUCGACUGGCUGGAUUACCUUUCCUAUGCACUGGCUCCACUGGAGCUGGCAGAGACGGAGCCUGUGGUGGUGUAUGGGGACGCCUACCUCCAGCAGGUCUCUGAGCUCAUCAACAGCACCGACAGGAGCGUUCUGAACAACUACCUGAUCUGGAACCUGGUGCAGAAAACAGCCUCCAGCCUGGACCAGCGCUUUGAGACAGCCCAGGAGAGGCUGCUGGAGACACUUUAUGGCACAAGGAAGUCCUGCACGCCCCGCUGGCAGACCUGCAUCUCGAACACAGAUGACACGUUGGGCUUCGCCCUGGGCUCCCUCUUCGUCAAAGCCACCUUUGACCGGGACAGCAAGGCCAUCGCGGAGGAGAUGAUCAGUGAGAUCCGGACAGCCUUUGAGGUAUCCCUGGAACAGCUGGAAUGGAUGGAUGACAAGACCAGGCAGGCUGCCAAGGAGAAGGCAGAUGCCAUCUAUGACAUGAUCGGCUUCCCAGACUUCAUCCUGGACAACAAAGAGCUGGAUGAUGUCUACGAUGGGUACGAGGUCUCCGAGGACUCCUUCUUCCAGAACAUGCUCAACUUCUACAACUUCUCUGCCAAAGUGAUGGCUGACCAGCUGCGGAAACCUCCCAACCGUGACCAGUGGAGCAUGACCCCACAGACCGUCAAUGCCUACUACCUGCCCACCAAGAACGGCAUCGUCUUCCCCGCUGGCAUCCUGCAGGCACCGUUCUACGCCCGCAACCACCCCAAAGCCCUCAAUUUCGGUGGUAUCGGCGUGGUGAUGGGACACGAGCUGACCCACGCCUUCGAUGACCAAGGCCGCGAGUACGACAAGGAGGGCAACCUGCGGCCCUGGUGGCAGAACUCCUCGCUGGAGGCCUUCAAGAACCGCACGGCCUGCAUGACGGAGCAGUACGGCCGCUACACAGUGCACCGCGAGAACGUCAACGGCCGCCAGACGCUGGGAGAGAACAUCGCCGACAACGGCGGCCUGAAGGCGGCCUACAACGCGUACAAAUCCUGGCUGCAGAAGAACGGAGAAGAGAAGCGGCUCCCGGCGCUGGGGCUCACCAACCACCAGCUCUUCUUCGUGGGCUUCGCGCAACCGUUCCCCUCCCCCAGGUGUGGUGCUCGGUGCGGACACCCGAGAGCUCCCACGAAGGGCUGGUGACCGACCCGCACAGCCCCGACAAGUACCGCGUCAUCGGCACCCUCAGCAACUCGCGGGACUUCGUGCAGCACUUCGGCUGCCCGCUGGGCUCGCCCAUGAACCCCGGCAAGCACUGUGAGGUGUGGUAGGGACGGGGACCCCCGCUCGGGAGGCGCCCCGGCUCUGCCCCCCGCCCCGCUCGUGCCGGGGACGCGUCCCCGGGCUGUGCGGAUGGAGGCCGGCUGCCGCCCGGCCCCGCCGUCCCCGCGCUCCCUCCCGCCCCGGCUUGGCUCCCCCGUCCCUGCCCGCCGGGCCCGGCCGCGGGCACUGGUGCCUUCCGCUGCGGGUGGCUCUCGCUGACUUUAUUGAACGAUUAAAUGCAGUUUCCACCUA